CCCUCUCCCGAUCCCUCAAACCCCCUCCCUUACAAAUCUCUAACCCCCUCCCGAUUCUUGAUUAGGUUCCUUCCAAGAAGCGAGAGAGAGAGAGAGAGAGAGGCCACCCAGGCCCCCGAUCCCUCUUCUCCGACGUCGAUGGAGUUCGAUGGAGCUUCCUCCCUCUUCUCCGGCGUCGGCUUCAUGCCUUCUCAGGCCACCCAAGCCCCCGAUCCUUCUUCUCCGGCGUCGAUGGAGUUCGAUGGAGCUUCCUCCCUCUUCUCCGGCGUCGGCUUCAUGCCUUCUCAGGCCACCCAAGCCCCCGAUCCUUCUUCUCCGGCGUCGAUGGAGUUCGAUGGAGCUUCCUCCCUCUUCUCCGGCGUCGGCUUCAUGCCUUCUCAGGCCACCCAAGCCCCCGAUCCCUCUUCUCCGGCGUCGGCUUCAUGCCUUCUCAGGCCACCCAAGCCCCCGAUCCUUCUUCUCCGACGUCGAUGGAGUUCGAUGGAGCUUCCUCCCUCUUCUCCGGCGUCGGCUUCAUGCCUUCUCAGGCCACCCAAGCCCCCGAUCCCUCCUCCUUCUCCCCCGCCAAGGUACCCAUCGCCUCUCUCUCUCUCUCUGUAGGAAGUCGAAGUCGAAGUGGGAGAAGAAGCAGCAGCAGCAGCAGCAACAGGGCUCCGCUGCUGCCUCCGACCAGCCCCCGGCCAACCCGCCGCCCAAAGAGGGCGAAUGACCGUGCGAUUCCCCGUCAGAAAAGGAUGUUGCCCCGGUGACCUGGGCCGAUCUUGCCCUGACGCCGGCGGCCACCCAGACACGUCCUCCAUCCUCCGCCGAGAAGCAGGCGAAG